AUUGGCCCCCAUCACUACCUCCUGCCCACACCCCUGCCUGCUGUCCCCAACGCCAUCAUGCUUCACAGUCCAAAGAGUCAGAGUGGCAAGCUUGAAGCAGGCCUUGAGGUGCAAAAAGAGGCUCAGGGCCUGGUGGGUGCACAGGUGCCUGUAGCUGAAGAGGAGGCCGCCUCCUCCUCCCUUGCUCCUUUCAUCCAGGGCACCCCAGAGGUUGUACCUGCUGCUGGAACACCAAGUGUUCCCCAGAGUGCUGAGAGAGCUCUCGAAGCCAUUCCAUCAAGCAUAUCAAAUGAGGGCUUCAGCACCCAAGAAGAGGAUCCAAGCAUCUUCCGGUCUCCUGAGUUUUUGCUCGGUAGUGUGCUAAAUAAGAAGGUGGUUGAAUUGGUGCAGUUCUUGAGUGUGAAGUAUGUAACAAAGGAGCCCAUCACUGAGGCAGAAAUGCUGCGAGAUGUCAUCAAAGAGCAAAAGAAUCACUUCCCUCUGAUCUUCAGCAAAGUCUGUGAGUGCAUGGAAGUUGUCUUUGGCAUUGAAGUGAAGGAAGUAGACCCCACCAACCACACCUAUGUGCUCAUCAAAACACUAGACCUCACCUACGAUGGGAUGCUGAGUGAUGACCAGGGCAUGCCCAAGACCGGCCUGCUGAUACUUAUCCUGGGGGUGAUCUUCAUGGAGGGCAACCGUGCCCCUGAGGAGAAAGUCUGGGAAGUGCUGAAUUCCAUUGGGGUGUAUGCAGGGCAGAAGGAUUUCAUCUACGGGGAACCCGUGAAGCUCAUCACGAAAGAUUUGGUGAAGGAAAAGUACCUGGAGUACCAGCAGGUGCCUAACAGUGAUCCUCCACGUUACGAAUUCCUCUGGGGUCCAAGGGCCCAUGCAGAAACCAGUAAGAUGAAAGUCCUGGAGUUUUUUGCCAAGGUCAGUGGAACUGACGCCACAUCCUUCACAUCCUGGUAUGAGGAAGCUUUGAGAGAUGAGGAAGAGAGAGCCCAAGACAAAGCUGCCGCUGGGGAUAACACUGCUGCCAUGGCCAGUGGAAGUUCCGGUGUCAAGUCCAGCAGCCUCUCUCGCCCUGAAUGAGGUGGGAGGAAGAUUCCCCACUCUGUUUUUGAAGAGGGCAAUCAGGGUUCUAAGUGGUGGAGGGCUGAGUUGCAGAUUUUAUCUUUAUUUUUGAUCUUUAAUAUUUUCCAAACAUUCUUCCUCCUAAAAUAUUUAUUAGCUUUAGAGUCUAGAUGUGUGAAUGACAUUGGUCACAUAUUUAUUGCUUUUUGUCAGGUUUUAGAGUAAGAAUUUUGCUAUUCUGUAAAAUAAAUUGGGA